AUGGGGAGUGGUACAAAUGAGGACAAUGAGGCGAAGCCCCCCGGAGGGCCCUGCGGACAACUGGGGGGAGCCCAAGUAGGAGUGAGCGAUAAAGCCAAGUUUGAUGUGGACAUGGAGGGAUGUAAAUCUGUGGAGGAGGAUUGCUCAAGGGAGGAAUCACACAAGGGGUGCAGCUGUGGUGGCUCUCCUAGAAGAAGCACUACUGGGAAAAGCGACCACGCUAGAGAGGACUAUACGCAGGAUAACACGGACACCCAGAGUGAUGAAGAGGAAAGGCACUUUUGUAACGUUUGUUUUUCCUUCUUGUAUUAUAAAAAGUAUUGUUUUUACGAACUCCUAAGGAUAUAUCGCAACGUGUCCUCUCUAACCCCCGAGCAGAAGACUCUCCUCACUGAAUCCAUAUACAGCAAGCUGUAUAAAAUGUACUUGGCUGUUUUGAAUAAUUAUUUUUUUAUUAUGAACAUUUUGCUGCCUCAAAUUUCCACGCAUAUAAUUUUGCACCUCCUGGCACACACCGUUCACCGGGGGGACGUAGUCAUCGUGGAGGACUCGGGCAGCGACGGGGAGGGAACGAGUGAAGAGGAAAGUCGAGGCGGGGGUGGAAGUGGGAGUGGAAGCGGAAGUGGCGUGGACGACGCCAGCUACAGUAGCAACGCAGAGGGGGGCCCCUCCGAGCGAAAGAGCAGCGUGGAUGGUGAACAGAAGAAUACCGUGCAGCAGGAAAAAACGACAAAGAAGAGGAGGAAACGAAUCCCUAGGGAAGAAUACACCAUUAACGAAAUACUAAAUCAUUUAACUAAAGAGGAGAAGGACAAGAUCGACCAACAAUAUAACUUUCACAACUUAGAUGCAAGGUUACUCUGCAAAGACAAUCCCAUUGUUAUAUUAAAAGAAAUCAGGUGCAAAUUAAUGAGUGCACAAGAGGAGGAAGGGAUGUCGAGGGAGCUUGAGUUGAACCUGGAGAGGUCGACCUCCAUGGACUACCUCGACGUGGGAUACGCCAGUGGGAGGAAAAUGCGUGCAAGGGAUGAAACAAGUGCGAACCUGUUGGGGAUCUCAUCGCUGUUUCCUCAGGAGGAGCGACACAGACAAAGCCUACCCGUCCCGGAGCAACACAGCGGGAAACGUGACACGGGGCAAGGGGCGCAACAGGGGGAUACUGCCAAAGGGAAAGGCAAAUCUGAAGACGGUCGUUAUGGGGGCGGCCCCCAGAAGAAGUUUGCAAUGGGCCGAGAGGGAGACGUUGAAGUGUACAUCGCAGACCACCGCAAGGAGAACAGUGAGUACGCGUUCCCGCGCCUGGACGCAGUGCCGGGGGAGGUGCGGCUUGGUGAAUGGCGCGCGGGAGAUGAAGCAGGGGAAGGGGAGACCGCUGCAGAGCCAGAUAGGGACGCCUCACGUAGGGCAACUCCCCCGGGAGGAGAGCACAUACCCCCCGGACGUCGCAUCACAAGCGCGUACAGCCCCACGCUCGACGAAUACAAUCUUCUGCAAAAUAUGAGCAAAGUGAGAAGUACACUAAGACAAUUCGUUCGAGACUGGUCCAUGGAAGGAAAGCAUGAAAGAGAUAGUGCAUACGAACCCAUGUUAAAAAGUUUAGCCAAGUACCUACCCAUAAAAGACGAUUAUGUGCCUAAGGUGCUUUGCCCAGGAUCAGGAUUAGGAAGACUUCCAUACGAAGUGGCAAAAAAAGGGUAUAGAAGCCAAGGGAAUGAGUUCUCCUACUUCAUGCUCCUUGCAUCUAAUUUUAUCCUCAACUACUACAAUGAAAAGGAGUCACUCAAAAUUCAACCCUAUUGCCUGAACACACUGAACAGAAGAAAACGGGAUGACCACCUCAAGGUUGUUACUCUACCAGAUAUAAAUACAUAUGACAAGGCCAUCCUAAGUACCGACUUUUCCAUGUGUGCAGGUGAAUUAGUAGAAGUGUAUGACCAUGAGAAGGGAUCGUUUGACGGAGUACUCACUUGUUUUUUCAUGGACACAGCUAAAAAUAUUUUUUUAUACAUUCGAACCUUUGCUAAUAUUUUAAAGCCAAACUCCUUGUGGUGUAAUGUCGGCCCUCUCCUCUACCACUACUCUGAAAUGACCAACGAGCUGUCCAUCGAGUUAUCGUGGGAGGAGAUUGAGGUGAUCAUUUCGAAAUGGUUCACUCUUGUGGAGAUUGACUGGAUUGACAAUUAUUAUACAACCAAUGUUGACUCCAUGAUGCAGGUGCAGUACCACUGCAUCUUCUUUUGCGCCAUUCGAAAUGAUGUACCUGUGGAGGACCCGCCCAAGGGCGACCCUCUUCAGGGGGGUUAG